UCAGACGCUGUCAGCGCUGGAGUCCUAGAGGCAGGAAUCGUAUUCCAUUCUUUGCUCAUUGGACUUACGUGUGUCGUGGCCGAUGAUUCAUUCUUUCGUACCUUGUUUGCCGUAAUCGCCUUCCAUCAAAUGUUUGAAGGGGUGGCUCUCGGCACAGUCUUCUCUGGUAUCCCAAACACUAAAUUAUCUUUUAUGAAGAAGUUAAUCUUAGCUGGAAUAUUUGCUGUCAUCACUCCAAUUGGCAUGGGCAUUGGCAUUGGCGUCCUAAGUCUCUUCAAUGGUAAUGACAAAUCCGCUGUCAUAGCCAUCGGUACUUUAGACGUAUUAUCCGCAGGAAUUUUAGCUUGGGUAGCCUUCGUGGAGAUGUGGGCUAGGGGCUGGAUACAUGGCGGGCGGCUAGAGCGGGCUGGUCUGCCGACGACACUGGCGGCAUUGCUUGCGCUAGUGUUUGGUAUGGGAAUCAUGAGCUUACUUGGGAAGUGGGCAUGA